AUGGCGCCCCACUCAAUGGCCAGGGGCCUGGUGACCCUGAAGGACGUAACCAGCAGGGGGGAGUUACAGAUUCCAACCUGGAAACUCCGCCCGAGGCAGCAGUCCCUCAGCCAGUCGGCCAAGGCCUUGAGCCGCUACUAUAAGAAGAUGAGUGAGGUCAAGGAGGUCAGUGCUUCACAGGACUCCAAGCUGCAGGACUUGGGCUUCCUGUCCCAGAUGGAGAGGCUGCAGAAGGCAUUUCUCAAGCGUUCCGGCUGCCCCCAGCUGAGCACCAGGGCCACGGCCACGUCCCACUGUGCGCCGUCACUGACAGGGACCCUGGCACAGACCCAAGGGGCUGUGGCCAGCUGUGGCUUCCCAGCAGGUCUGCCAGCAUGGGUGACUGUCCCCGAGGAGACGGGCGGAGGCUUCAAGUACCCCUGCAUUACCAAGGUCUCGGUCUCCUGUGAGAAGCUGCACAGGACGGACAGUGCCGAGCCGCUCCUGCCCGCGAGUAAGAGCGCCUGUGAGCUCACGUACCCGCGCAGGAGCUCCUCAGAGAGUCUCAGCCCGGUGAGCAGCGGCCUGGGGCUGGAGCAGAGGGUUCCCCAGAAGAGGACCCCUUGGUACAUCACUGUCAUCCACGACAAGGAGCACUGUCUGAUGAGGCUGGGGGAGGAGCUGCAGCGGUUCUCCAGGCUGGAGGCGCAGCUGCAAGAGAAAGAGCAGGAGAUCCGGGAGCUGCAGGAGAAGCAGGAGCAGCUGAGGAAGCAGCUGCAGUGCGUGCUGCGCAACAGGGGCCCGGAGAGCAGCCCGCAGCCCCCGACGCAGGAGGACGACAGCGCCUCCCUCCAGGAGGACCACGGAGGCCUGGAGCAGGAAGAGGCCGACUCCGCGGAGGAGGAGGGCCUGGAACUGGGGCGAGACCUGGCCGGGGUCAGCAGGAGCAGUGUAGUCCAGGAGCAAGAGGAAGGGCUGGGUGAGGAAGAGGAGGAAGUGCUGGAGCUGGAGGAGGAGGAGGAGGAGGAGCGGCAGGACCUCAGGAGGUCCCUGGAGACGGACGCGGCCUUCCAGGAGGAGCUGAGGGGGCAGCUGCAGGAGCUGGAGCAGGUGAUGCAGGAGUUCCAGGAGGAGCUGGAGGUCACCAGGAACAACUAUUCCCUGGCCACAGGGGCCAUCACCACCUUGCUGAGACGGGUGGAGUACCAGGAGUCUCAGCUGCGGAAGGUCAACACGGAAAACGAGAAGCUGGAGCAGGAGCUCCGCGAGCGCAGGCACCAGCUGCUGGCCAUGUCCGACAAGUUCUCCAACCUCCGAGAAGAGAAGAAGCAGGUGGAGAUGCUGGGUCUGACGGAGAAGGAGAACAUGCUCCUGCGACAGCAAGUGUCGGAGCUGGAGGAUGAGCUGAUGGCUCGGGACAGGACCAUCGAGGAACUGAACGAAAAGGUGACAGGCCUGCAGGGCCAGGCGGAGCAGCAGCGCAGUCAGCUGCAGAGGUGGAGGCAGCUGCAGGAGGAGCUGCAGGCCAAGGUGGAGGGCGCGCGGCGGGACGAGCUGCAGACGCGCGUGGCCCUGGAGAGCACCCAGGCCCGGCUGGAAAGGCUGAGGAACAAGAUCCUGCAGGCCACCUUCAGCAGCACCAGCGUGAACAAGGUCACCACCGCCGAGAUCACGGACAGCGACAUCCUUGAGUCCCUGCAGACCAUCAUCAGUGAGAGGAGCGAGCACUUGGGCCAACUGAAGCAGAAGGGGCCGUCCAAGACGGCCCAGCUGAACCACUCGGAGCCGGGGAGCAAGGCCAAGAAGGCCACCACCAAGUAGGCCCAGGGCCCGGGCAGCGCACGGCUGGCUCGGGAUUAAAGCCUGGUGAAGCCCUCCAGCCGCUCUCCAGUCCCGGGGCGCCCUUUCAGGACCGCGUGGGGCGCGGACCCAGGAGCCGCAGGCCCCGCUGUACUGUCCCCGGAGCUGGGGUCCCCUGGCCGCUCACUGGCUUGCCGGGGUCGGGGUGGGGGGCUCUGCCCAGGUCCGCAGUUCCGGGAGUGGCAGCCAGGGCUCUGUGACCCCGCAGGGGGCUGGGCAGGGGGGCUGGGCGGCUGCCCGCUCCCCCCCCCCUACCGGCGUGGGCCCGGACCCCCCAGCCGUGGCGGGUAGGACACCCUCGGCCGGGAGCUUCUACGACCGUUCCCGGGGCGCGCCCGGAAUUCCGGUUCAAGCCCUGCAGAGCCCGCGGGCGCGGGGUGCCCACCUCUGCGCCGGAGCCUGUUCUAGAAGGGCCGCAGGCAGCGCGGGUGCACGCCACCCCGCGGGGGUCGGGACGCGGGUCCUGGCGCAGCCCGCGGCCCCAGGCAGACCCGGGUCACACCCACCUGCCUGCGACCCGGACGCGCGGCCCGGCAGCCCCGCCCCGUCAGGCCCCGCCCCCGCGAGGCCCCGCCCCCGCCGCCAGUCCGGCCGAGUCUGCACCGAGUGAGGAGCACCGGCUGGAGGCAUCAGCUGGAGCUCCGGGCGGCCAGGGGAGCUGCCGCCACCCGUCCUCGCCCCAGCUCUCCCGCGGGAACCUCCCUGUGAGUUGUGGGCCCCCAGAUGUGCUGGGGGGUGACGGACGGGGUGUGAUUCCCUGCCGGCACCCUCUGGCACAUGGGCUGCCCGGCGCUCCCAGACCCCCAGGCUCUGCCCCGGCAGGUGGGGUUGGCGGAACAGGACAGGUAGGGAGUGAGCCCAGGGUUCGCGAAGCAGCUGAGGGCCAGCCGGGAUGGGCUCUGGCGUGGGCCCUCGUACCAGGAAGGCCAAAGGUGGCGGCUGUCUUCCUCAGGAUCUCAGCCCCCGCACCCUGCCAUGCCCACAGCCGAGUGAUGCCAGGAAGCAGGGCCCAGGGUGCGAAGCCUCUCACCUGGGGCUGAGACCCCGGGGAUUCUGUCCCCAGGACGGAGGGGCCGAGGUGGCGAGCCCACACCCCAGCCAACAGCAGGCCCUGGCGCUGACCCGAGAGUGAGUGCUCCCGCCGGAAGCAGCCCCUUCGUCCCCCCGCUCCUGCAGUUCUGAGGCUGCGGGGCCUCUAAGCCUGUGUCCAGGGAGAAAGGUCGCUGCCCCGAGGA